AUGUUCGGCGCCGAUCGCGGUUUCGUCGACGCCGGCGCCGCCGUCGACGCCCGCACCGUGUUAUGUUGUCUCUGCGGCGUCGGCAUGCGCCCGAACCCGAGCGGGAUGUGCGUCGAGUGCGUGAGAACCCAAGUUGACAUCACCGAGGGCAUCAGCAAGCAGUGCGUCGUGACGUACUGCUCGCAGUGCGAGCGAUACCUCCAACCGCCGAAACACUGGAUCCGAGCGGACUUGGAAUCGAAGGAGUUGCUGACGUUUUGCAUCAAGCGAAUCAAGGGAUUGCAAAAAGUGAAGCUCGUGGACGCGGGGUUCGUGUGGACGGAACCGCACAGUAAACGCCUGAAGACGAAACUGACGAUACAAAAGGAGAUCAUGGGAGGGGCGAUCUUGCAGCAGACGUUCGUGACGGAGUUCAUCGUGGAGUGGCGGAUGUGUGACGCGUGCGCGCGAACGGCGGCGAAUAGUGAUCAGUGGAACGCGUGCGUGCAGGUGCGACAAAAGGUGGAGCAUAAGCGGACGUUUUUGUUCCUGGAGCAGAUGAUCUUGAAGCACGGGAUGGAGCGGGACGCGAUCGGGAUCAAGAGUCAGCCGGAUGGUUUGGAUUUUUAUUACGCCCAUCGCUCGCACGGUUUGAGGUUUGUGGAUUUUUUGGGGAACGUGGUUGCGACGCGGUCGAGGGACGAUAAACAGUUGGUGUCUCACGACGCAAACUGUAACACGUACAAUUAUCGGUUCACGUUCAUGGUCGAGAUCGUGCCAGUGUGUAAGGAAGAUGUCGUCGUACUUCCGUUGAAGCUAUCGAAGGAGUUCGGUCUCGUCGGUCCGGUGAUGCUUUGCACGCGUGUGUCCAACACGCUGCAGUUUACGGAUCCGGUGACCAUGCGUCCCAUUUGGCUCGACUCUGAAAAGUACUGGCGGUAUCCGUUCCGGCCCAUCGCGUCGGCGAAGCAGAUGAUUGAGUACGUCGUUCUCGAUGUCGAGGUCGAUCACUCGACGCGACAGGGUAAGCUCGUGAUGGCGGAGGUUGAAAUUGCGCGUUCAAGCGAUUUUGGCGUCAACGACACGACGUUUCGGGUCAGGACGCAUCUCGGAAAUAUCCUGCAAGCGGGCGACACGGCGAUGGGUUACGAUCUCGCCAGCUUGCAAAUAGUCGAUCCGGAGCUCGAGAAGUACUCGGGUAAGCAUCGAGCCUUCGUCCCGGAAGUGAUAUUGGUGAAGAAGUCGUACGCCGAGAGCCGACGCAGAAAGCGCGAACGCGGCGUGUCCAGACCGUGGCGUUUGCAACGUAUGCAAGUGGAAGAGGCUGACGAUGCUCCAAAGAAUCGUGGCGAAGAUCGCAUGGCGCAAGACGAAGAGCAGUUCUUCCAAGAAUUGGAAGAAGACGAGGAGCUGCGUGCGCAGGUGAGAAUUUUCAAGGAUGAACAAGCAAUAAACGCCAAUACGUACAUUGCUGGUGCAGACGACGAUGACGACGACGCACCCGAGGUGCCGAUCGAAGAAUUGCUCGACGAGCUCACGCUAGCGCGUCGAGGGGAUGGAGACGAGGAGGAAGAAGAUCUCGACUCAAUGCAGGAAUAA